CUUCCCUACGUACCGUGACGAAACGUUAGGCCUAACCCCACUUUAGCUCCGUCUCUGAACCAAACUCACAACACCCAAUCCCUAUCCACCCACCGCAAUUCCCAAUCCCUCCGCCGCCGCGCUAUGUCAGCCUCCCCCUCCACCGUGGUGCCCCGCCUCUUCUACCACCCGGCCUACUGGUGCCACUCCUGCGACAUGAGUAUCGGCCUCCCCCCCUCCCCCACCCCCAACGCCCUCCUCUGCCCCCACUGUCACCGCGACUCCCUCGAGCAGAUGGAUAUGGACGACGCCGCCGCCCCCUCCCUGCCUCCCCCGCGCAGCCCCUUCGACCACACCUCCGCCGCCGCCUUUACCCCCUCCGACGACAAUUUCCUCCUCACUAGCCCUUACCUCCACCGCCUCAUCCACCACCUCACCACCGCCGCCGACGCCGGAAACCCCCGAUCUGACCCCGCCCCUAGGUCCUCCAUAGACUCCCUCAAAGAAGUCACCAUCACCGCCGACAGCGACGCCUCGAUGCUUUGCCCAGUGUGUAAGGACCCGUUUGUGGUCGAAUCCGUCGUCAAAGUAAUGCCUUGCAAGCACACUUAUCAUUCCGAUUGCAUUGUUCCGUGGCUCGAGAUAAAUAAUUCCUGCCCCGUGUGCCGUUAUAAGCUGCCGGCGGUGGAGGAGCGCACGGCAGAGAACGAGGGGGAGGGGUACGUGGGAUCGGUCAGGCUUGAGGAAUUGGUGGAUGAUGAGGUCGAUUUGUAUGGAUUUAGGAACACUCUUAGGCAUAUCGCCAGGAGGCAUCGGUGGAAUGAUGAGGGUAAUAUUGGGAGUGGAAGCGAGGGCAACUUAUUUUCUCCGACCCAGAUUGGGGAGGUAGAGAGAGGGGAUGGAGUUUUAGAGAGAGAAAACAGCGUGGAGACUGUGUCGAGCUGGCCGAGGUGGCAGGCGGAGGAGAGAGGGGGAGGUGGGGGAGGAACCGACGAGACUGAUACAUUUGCUCGAAGUUGAAAUUUUGGUUGGGACUUCUAAUUGGAUUUUGUACUGUUUCGGCAGAAGUUAGAGGUUAUGUAUAUUCCUAGGAGGUCAAGGGCCUGAGGCCAUGUUAUCACCUGUAACGAGUGUAGCGAAGUGUAAAUUUUCCAUGAAUUGGCUGUGCUUCUUCUGUUUAAUAACCCAAAAAAGAAAAGUGUGAAUCUAGCCUCUCUUCUUCCCUUCCCCUUCCUUCUCUCAGCUCCUUGAAAGUGUAAUCAAUACUCUUAAUCAUACUUGAAAAGUGUUUUUGCUACAGAUUUUUUGGUAAUUAACAACCAAAGGAUUCGUUGCAUUUCAUAAGUCCCCCUCCUUGUAAAACCAACCUUUCUUUCAGUUACCAUGGCAGAUCGGCUUCCCCUCGAGACAUUUCAAGAUCGUAUAUCUCCCUAAAAAUUCUACUCGGAGGUGGUGAAGAAAAUUGUUAAUUUGAUCGUCUGGCUCUGGUGAGAGCUUGGCUCAUUGUGUGGUCUAAAUUGUUAAAUCUUGUGAAGUGAUGAAAAUUCCAGUGGAGGCAAGGAAACUAGCCUUGGUACUGUUGCAGUGUCUUGUUACUUGAUGUUAAAUGCUGCAAUUAUUAUUAUUAUUUGUAAUGUAGGAUCAUUUAGUUUUAUACACAUCAAUUAUUUUGAAAUAAGGUAUUUGAAAGUCA